AAUGUGGCGCUCGGUUUUACUCUUCACGCUCAUGGCUCGAUCUCUUUCUUCGCUAUAAAAUGUAAGAUUGCCUUGCUGACCUAUUUUAUAAUAAAAUUAAUCAUGAAAAUGAAGAUAAAAGGCUUGAAUCGUGCUUUAAUAGCGACAAGUUUGCUGGGCAUUUUGGUAUCAACGUAUGCUCUAUAUGUAGAGAUGGCGGCGGAGAUGGAACCGGGAUACAAAGCUUUGUGCGAUAUAUCCGAACACGCAAGCUGUACUAGAGUGUUAACAUCUAAGUAUUCGAAGGCUCUAGGUCUCGUGACUCAAGAUUCACCGUUAAAAGUACCCAACUGUGUGUACGGGAUUUUCUUCUAUUCGGCUAUAAUAUUUUUGACGACUUUCGAUUUCAAGUCAGUUGUAAUGGUCCAGAUGGUUUUAUCUCUGGGGUCAUUAGCAGUAUGCAUUUAUUUAGCGUAUCUCCUCAUGUUUGUAUUACGUGAUUUUUGUGUUGUAUGUGUGUCUACGUAUUUUGUUAACAUUAUGGUUGCAUAUUUGUUAACUAAAAAACAUAACUAUUUAACAGCUAAAAAUAAAUAGAUUCCUACUGUAAAAAUAAUAAAAAUUUUGAUAACUUAUAUAACUAUAGCGUCAUCUAUUACCGAAGUCGUGUACUAUGUAAUAAAACGUUUGGCGUGACAUCUGUUGGUAAAGUUUGGUUAUUUAAUGUUUCUAUUCCUCAAUAGAUGGCAGGUAACGUUUAUGCUAAAAAUAUUUUUUGUACACUUACUAUUUAUUUUAUAUAUUUUAUUAGAUUAAUUUAUUUUAAGUCAUGUUUGUAAAUAAAAACAUUUUUAAGUUUACUAAAAUUUAACUCAAUACAAAGUAACAAUGUGUAUUUUUUAAAAUAAAUGUUUUUUCUAAGGGUU